AUGCCUGUUGCAGCCUAUCGAGGUACAUUUCACUUCGUCAAUAAAGACGCCUCUAACCUGAACAAAAGGAAUGCAGAAGAAGCCUUUUCAAUCAGUUCUCAUGUCACAAACAAAUACUAUCGCUGGGUUAAAAGCAAUCUACAUGACGGCAGUCUCAGCAAUGCCGUUUUUCCAGAUGCGAGUCUACGAGACGCGGACAAUGACCGCCACGUCGGCUCUUACAGCGAGGAGCCUUCGAUACAAAUGAUAUGUUGGCAACUCGGAUCAGCCACCAGCACCUCCAGACAUGACGCCGCUAAUCGUCGCAGCUCCCCUGAACCUACCGACCACAUGUGCUUAGAGAGUGACAGCGAUGACGAGUACUUCAGACCAGAACUCUGGCCCGAGAGAUUGGCCCGAGAGGAGACACCAACGCUGCCACGGCAAGCCGACUGGGAUGCCCCUGACUGGGCAGCAUGCCCUCAUUUCCAGAAGGAGGCACUAGAAAUCUAUCGUAACUUCUUCCUCUCCUUCAGCGGCAUGGGUCCGCCUGGCAAUUCCUCGCGCCAUUCCAUGCAGCUUGGUUGGCGGAAGAGGGCAAACAAGCUCGUCACCGAUAAGAAAUGUCUGCACGGCUGGUACGCCAGCGUGCUGACGCUCAAGGCCCAUUUUAUGCAACCAGAAUGUUACCAAUUUCUCUUUCCGAUGGCUCUGAAGCAUCAGAACAGGAGCCUGAUGUUGCUUCGAGAACACAUACGCCAAGAUACACAACCCUCGGAGAGCCUGAUCAUGUGUAUUUGGUGUGUCGCGAACACAGCAUUCUACUCCGGCAACCUGGAAGCAAACGCCGCCCACGCGUCGGCUAUGUGGGAGAUUGUCGACAGCCUGGGUGGAGUCGACAAGCUCAGUCCUGAUACUCAGGCCCAGGUCAUUUUGGCGGACAACGGUCAUUCCAGGUUCACGCUCACGAGGCCACACCUCGAUCGCACACGCUUCGAUCCUGGAUCCUUUCGAGCACAAUCUGGAUUUGCGGAAUACGGCUCCUUGCUGUCCGAGGCCGAAUUCCAGCGUUGGGAUGAAACAUUCCUGCUGCCCAACGACGAAAUAUCUGCCAACCUGGAAAGCUAUGUUCAUAUGCACCGAGAAUUCAUGGCUGCACAGGGUCUGAUCAGCAGGAGCCUCUUUGAAGGAAAGGGUGAGCAGGCAAUCAACACCAUGCUCAGCUGGAUUUACCGUCGCCGUGCCGCGUUGAGCUCAUGGACGAUGAGCCUAUACUGCGACAUAGUCGAGACCAUCACGCCACGCACGCGUAUCUCCCGCGCCGUACGUCGACAGUUGCAGGCAUGCAUUUGUCUGGCCGUGUCCUAUGCCAUGUCCUUUGUCUAUGGCUUCACGCUUCCGCUGCGGAAAUGGUUGCUCUACAUUCCCGUGCAACAUCUGCGGCCGCAGCUUGAGAUAUUACUGAGCUACAUGGCAAAGCGAGGGACACUACCAGCGACAAGAGCAAACUCAUCCUCUAUGUCGUCUUUUUCGUCGGCUCCUCUCGCCAUUUCUCACCACGAAUCCCUACUCUUCCUCUUCUUUGUAGGCGCCUGCGCAGAACAGGUCUCGGAUGAGGCGGGCAAGAGGCCAGAGCUACUCAUCGACAGGAAAUGGCACUCUACUCGAUUCUGCGAGAUGUCUCGAGUCUUGGGCUUAAGGACGUGGAAGGAAGCGCAGAGGAUCCUCAAGAGGUUCGCCUAUGGAGAUGGACGUGUGAUGGAUCGGUUUGUGGAAGGGCUGUUUGAGCAGAGAGCUGAGCUGUGUCGGGGCGGGAGCAUUUUUGGGUAG